AGUAGAGAACGCGAGGCUCCGCCCGCCAUCUUCUUCCUCGCUGCUUGUGGUGCUGCCGCCGCCACCCGGUUCCGACCGAGCUCCGCCUGCGGGAGAUGGAUACCUAAGGAAUUGCUAUGACUACCCAGACCUAGCAUUUCCAGUUCUUCAAACCAAAGUAAUCGUUUGAUGAGAGAGUUCAACCCUCUUUGACUAUCGGUGGUUAUGGCAGGGGGAAGAAGGGGCCCUAACCGGACGUCCUACUGCCGCAAUCCUCUCUGUGAAACUGGAGCCACUGGGGGCGCUGGCCAUUCCACCAGUUCUUCAGUCACCAGCGUGCGCUCCCGUACCAGGAGUGGCUCAGGGACGGGCCUUUCCAGUCCUCCUCUGGCAACCCAGACAGUGGUUCCCCUCCAGCACUGCAAGAUCCCAGAGCUGCCCAUUGAGAGGAGCAUCUUGUUUGAACUACAGCUCUUCUUCUGCCACCUUGUCGCCCUCUUUGUCCACUACAUCAACAUCUACAAAACAGUGUGGUGGUACCCACCAUCACACCCUCCAUCCCAUACCUCGUUGAAUUUUCAUCUCAUCGACUUCAACGUCCUGGCAGUGACAAGCAUUGUUCUGGGAAGGAGGUUGAUUGGUGCUAUCGUGAAGGAGGUGAAGGAGGCUUCUCAUACUGGCAAAGUUUCUCUUCCACGCUCUGUUUUCCUGGUGAUCACUCGUUUUGCUGUCCUUACUGGGGCAGGUUGGAGUUUGUGCCGAUCCAUAAUCCACCUCUUCAGGACAUACUCACUCCUCAACCUCUUGUUCUUGUGCUAUCCGUUUGGCAUGUACGUCCCCUUCCUGCAGCUGAACUGCGACUUCCGCAAGACUGGCCUCUUCUCCCAAGUGGCCAACAUUGGCCCCCGUGACACAGGUGAGGUCAGCUCGAGGGGCAAGGAUUACCUAUCUGUUCUGAAGGAGACCUGGAAGCAGCACACCCGGCAGUUGUAUGGCAUGGAAGCCAUGCCCACCCACGCCUGUUGUCUCUCCCCGGACCUGAUCCGCAACGAGGUGGAGUACUUGAAGAUGGACUUCAACUGGCGCAUGAAGGAGGUGCUGGUGAGCUCCAUGCUCAGCGCAUACUAUGUGGCCUUUGUGCCCGUCUGGUUUGUGAAGAAUACCCAAUAUUACGACAAGCGAUGGUCGUGUGAGCUGUUCCUCUUGGUCUCCAUAAGCACCUCUGUCAUCCUCAUGCAGCAUUUGCUGCCUGCCCGCUACUGUGACCUCCUCCACAAGGCUGCAGCCCACCUGGGCUGCUGGCAGAAGGUUGACCCCGCACUCUGCUCCAACGUGCUACAGCAUCAGUGGACCGAGGAAUGCAUGUGGCCCCAAGGGGUGCUAGUGAAACACAGCAAAAAUGUUUAUAAAGCCGUCGGCCACUACAACGUGGCUGUGCCUUCAGAUGUCUCCCACUUCCGGUUUCAUUUCUUUUUCAGCAAACCCCUGCGGAUCUUAAACAUCCUGAUUCUCCUCGAAGGAGCCGUCAUCUUCUAUCAGCUCUACUCGCUGAUCGUGUCAGAGAAGUGGCACCAGACCAUCUCACUGGCUCUGAUCCUCUUCAGCAACUACUAUGCCUUCUUCAAGCUCCUGCGGGACCGGCUGGUGCUGGGCAAAGCUUACUCGUACUCCGCCACCAGAGACACUGAUCAGAAGCUCAACUGAAAGCCUCGCACAAGCAGGCAAACCAACUCUGCCACUUUGUCAGGAGGAGCCGGAGAUGCUUCUGCCGCCCCGGGCACCUGCUCCUCCCUGUUUGAGAAGGAGGCUGCCACCACAAGGGCGCAGGAGGGCGGUGCUUGGACGGCAGUGUGCAGCAGUCAGGCCGGCCCUGAGCUUUGUAUGUUCGUUUUUUUACACUGCUUUUUGUCCUUUUGUUUUGUUUUGUUUUUCUUUGAUAACUGAUACGAUGAGGUAAAUAUCUUAUUUUUAUACUCCCA